UAUAUUUGUGUUCUGUGGACAUAACCCCAAAUAAAGUUGAAAGUUAUAUUUGUGUUCUCUGGUUGAAAGAAAAAAAUAGAAUUUAAAUUUAAGGCUUUUGGUUUUUCCAUCAUAUUUUUCCAUUAGGUUUGCCAUGCUAGCCUUUAGAAAAUUUACUGCCAAUGUAAGCAGUACAUUACUACUAAACUCUACCCGAAACGUUUCUAACUCCUACCAAAGUGCUCUAUCACUCAACAAUCUUUAUCCCAAAAGUAGCUUAAAACUAACCACCCCAACGAAGCCAGAUACUGCACAGACCAAAGAGUUUGAUGGCUACAUACCCCUUGAUCAAUUAGAGAUCACAUAUAGUCGAAGCUCAGGUCCAGGAGGUCAGAAUGUUAACAAAGUCAAUACUAAAGUGGAUUUAAGGUUCCACUUGCAGCAGGCCACUUGGUUGAGUGAUAAAGUUAAAGAAAAAGUAUUGGAGAAAAAUGCUACAAGAGUGACCAAGGAAGGUCACCUAAUUUUUCGAUCAGACCUUACAAGAUCACAGCAACUUAAUCUAGCAGAUUGUUUAGAAAAAGUGAGGAAAUGCAUUAGAGACUCGCUUUAUGAAAAACCAGAAACUUCACCUGAAACAAAAGAGAAAAUAAGGAGAAGAAUUGAAAAGGCAAAUAGGGAGAGAAUUGCACAAAAGAGGAUACACGGUGCUAUGAUUAGAGAACGAAGAGAUUUAAAUAUUGAAGUGUAGUAAGUUAGAUUGUUAAUAAAUAAAAAAAUUCUAUAUUUG